GGCGAGCCCCGAGCGUCUCCACCGGCCAUGAGGGGCGCGGGCGCCUGGGCCCCGCUCUGCCUGCUGCUGGCCGCCGCCGCCCAGCCCUCGCGGCCGCAGCCCCCGGAGAGACCUGUUUUCACAUGUGGCGGCAUUCUUACUGGAGAGUCUGGCUUUAUUGGCAGCGAAGGUUUUCCUGGAGUGUACCCUCCAAAUAGCAAAUGUACCUGGAAAAUCACAGUCCCCGAGGGAAAAGUAGUAGUUCUUAAUUUCAGAUUCAUAGACCUGGAGAGUGACAACCUGUGUCGCUAUGACUUUGUGGACGUGUACAACGGCCACUCCAAUGGCCAGCGCAUCGGGCGCUUCUGCGGCACGUUCCGGCCCGGCGCUCUUGUGUCCAGCGGCAACAAGAUGAUGGUGCAGAUGAUUUCCGAUGCCAACACAGCUGGGAAUGGCUUCAUGGCCAUGUUCUCUGCUGCUGAACCAAAUGAAAGAGGGGAUCAGUAUUGUGGAGGACUCCUUGAAAGACCUUCCGGCUCUUUUAAAACCCCCAACUGGCCAGACCGCGAUUACCCUGCAGGAGUCACUUGUGUGUGGCACAUUGUAGCCCCAAAGAAUCAGCUUAUAGAAUUAAAGUUUGAGAAGUUUGAUGUUGAGCGUGAUAACUACUGCCGGUACGAUUAUGUGGCCGUGUUUAACGGUGGGGAGAUCAACGACGCUGAAAGAAUUGGGAAGUAUUGUGGCGACAGCCCCCCUGCGCCAAUUGUAUCUGAGAGAAAUGAACUUCUCAUUCAGUUUUUAUCAGACUUAAGUUUAACUGCAGAUGGAUUUAUCGGUCACUACAAAUUCAGGCCAAAGAAAUUGCCGGCAACUACAGCACCACCUGUUACCACCACCUUUCCUGUGACUACAGGUUUAAAACCCACCGUGGCCCUGUGUCAGCAGAAGUGUAGACGGUCGGGGACUCUGGAGAGCAAUUAUUGCUUGAGUAACUUUGUCUUGGCCGGCACUGUUAUCACCACCAUCCCUCGAGGUGGGAGUUUGCACGCCACGGUCUCAAUCAUCAACAUCUAUAAAGAGGGAAAUCUGGCAAUUCAGCAGGCCGGCAAGAACAUGAGUGCCAAGGUCAUCGUGGUCUGCAAGCAGUGCCCACUCCUCAGAAGAGGUCUAAACUACAUUAUUAUGGGCCAAGUGGGUGAAGAUGGGCGAGGCAAAAUCAUGCCCAACAGCUUUAUCAUGAUGUUCAAGACCAAGAAUCAGAAGCUCCUGGACGCCUUGAAGAACAAGCAAUGUUAACAGUGAACUGUGUCCAUUUAAGCUGCGUUCUGUCACUGCCUUUGAAGGAUCUAUUUUUUUCUCAGUAGGAAAAUAAAAUUUAUAACCUGAAAUAUUGAGCAUUCAGAGACAUUUACUCUUCACAUGAUGUAGGUAGGAGAGCUCCGGUAUCACUGAUGGAAGUUCUGUUGCCUGCACGGAAGAGGAGCAGAGAGCCGAUUGGAAAUCUGCAGACUUAGUGAGGUGAUAAGAAACUAAAUGUAUCAAGCGUUGACAGUUUGGAAGCAGUUUAUUUAUACAUCUCUGUAAAAGGAUAUUUUAGAAAUGAGUUGUGUGAAGAUGUAAAAAAGAGAUUUUAUACGUGCAAUAUUUAUAGU